AAUACACAACGGAUAAUAAUCAUGUGUGAGCAAAUAUAUCUGAUACUACAUUUCAUUUUACUCAUACAGACUCUACUCACAUUAAUGGAACAGGGAAGCGCUAACGUUAUAUUGACUGAUUGAUACGUCAUUUAUUUUCAUCGAAAUCUGAAAUUUGUAAUGGAUGAAAUAGGAAAAGCAUCUUGGUUUAGCACAUUUCUGUUAGUAUGUUUCCUUACUAGAGGUUGUUUGGCCAGGGUAUAUACUGAAAAACAUGCAAUAGGAUGGUUUGGUGAGACGGUACGUCUCCCAUGUGAAUUCCUCUACACGGAUGUCCUUGCAUUGUACUGGAUGAACAGCAGUGGUGAAACAAAAGUAUCGUAUUUCAAAGGCGAACUUGUGAGCUUCGAUGAACGGUUUCGUUUGAACGACGACUAUUCAGUCGAUAUCCUGAAUUUAACGGUGUCAGACGAAGGAGAAUACACUUGCAGAUUAGAACUUGAUUCUGGAGAUAGUUACCUUAAUAGUUCCGAACUCACCAUCUACGCGUCUCCAUCGAUGCCUCAGGUAACAAAUUGUGACCCUCAGUCAACAAAUAACCCAUACCAACAUCUGUGCAUCGUUGAAGCAGCCAACACAUAUCCGUUUAACCUAGAAUGUGUUGUCAGUGGCUUCAAACCCGAUGUAACCCUUGAAUGGACGUCAUCUGGUAAAGUGAAGCAACCCCUUGGAGAUCCAUCCCAGAGGACAUUGCCCGAUGGAAGAUAUGAAAAGGAGGCGACCAUCACUGUGGCUGCUAAAGAAGACGAAGAACAAAAUUUCACCUGUACGGUAAGGGGCAAUGCAACCAAUGGCACUGACAGGUCAACAACCGUUACUGUGCUGGUUCCACCUCCGUCGACAGUGAUCGUUGAACCUAUGAGGAGUGGACUUUCAGUUGGAGUCAAGGUUGCGAUAUAUAUCUUUGUUAUACUGCUAUUGAUAGCCAUUGGAAUAGUCGCUUUAUUUGUGACUUUGCUGGUUCUAAGGAAGAAGAAAAGACUAUCGCCCCUAGGUGAAGUAGUCUUGAAUGUCAUUCCUUGUCUGAGAUCAGUAUACUCGAUGCCUAUACCAGAUCCAGAAGAAGUGAGAUUACAAAAUAUCAAGGAAGAAUUAGCUGAUCUACGUAAACGUUUACUGGACUUCAAAUUUAAGCGAGAUGGAUCCAUGGUGAAGUCAGCACACAUCGGCUUGUUUGGAGAAAUGGGAGCUGGAAAGUCGUCCUUCAUAAAUUCUCUUGAAUUUGCACAUACAGGCAAAUAUAAAGAGAGUCAGGUGGUCGGUGACCUGGAAUCUGGUGGAGGAAAAACCAUUGCACGCACUGUCCUAAAGCUCACUAAGAGCAUUCAUAUUUUCGACAACCGAGGCAUGGCCGACUUCCAGAAAAAUUACCUGACUGAAGUAACCGCUCAGAUUCGUGGAGAACGCGGACCAGACAUAGAAAAAAUCAAGCCAAGUGAACAGGAAGAAAUACAUUGUGCUGUCUUUGUGUACAAAAAGUCUCCAUUCAGUUGGCAAUACGGACUUGCAUUCAUUGGGGACUUCGCCAAGGAGGUCAGGCAACACACUGGUCAUCCCCCAAUGAUCGUCAUUACCCAUGCAGCAUCGCUUACCGAAUCGGAAAGAUACGACAUCAAAACAGAACUUGCUACCCAAGAUGUAAAUGAGAACGUGUACUUUUUCGAAAAUUACACGAAAAACAAUUGCUUGGAAGAUGAAGAAAAAAGUGUUGAGUUGCUGAAGUUCCUUGAAGAUGCUCUCAGCAAUUCUGGAGGUAAGGUGGCGCACAAAGACAGAUAAAAAAGGUAACGCCUAUGAAGUCAAAAUCCAAGUCAAAGAAAGAAAAGAAACAUAAACAGGAAGAACAACCGUCGACAGUAACUACGAGAGACCCAGUGCUGAUAAUGCUCAUGAAAACAAGUAGUCAAGUCAAGAACCCCAACAUCACCGUCAAGUUGGGUAUGACUACAUUUUUUUUGCUGGAAGUUGUAGUAUAGGGUGUCUACUCCCAGAAUCCGAUGGGUUCCACCUUGGCACCCUUGGGCAUUUUUAUUGACGUCAUAGGCCACGCCCACUUUCUCACAUACCUCUUAUAUAUGAUUUUCAUAUUUUACAGAAUUUACAUGUCCUGUUUGGUAUCAAAUAAAAGCUAAUGAAAAAUCAAAUGCAAAUAUAUGAAUUACUGGGAAUUUUAAUUACGAAAAGGUCAGUUAUAGGUCGUUUAAGGUCAUGAAAGGUCAAAUUGUCUUACAAAUAAAAGUAAGACAUAUAAUGCGGAACAUACCAUGCUUUAAAUACAAACAAGUUAGGUAUUAGAUGCAUUUUUUGCAAAGGUUAAGUCAGAAAUAGAAAUCGUCAAAGAGUGAGGAGGUA